AUGCGUCGGCUACAUGUCCUUUAUCGUCCCCUGAAGCUAUUAUUCCCCGGAGGAAGAGCGAAGCCGUGCGGCAGGCUUGCUUCUUGCAGAUGGGCGUCGUUCAGAACGGGCGCGACCCUCCCAGAUGUCAAUAGCUUUGUUGCCCGGUCCAAAACCUGUGGGGAGUUGCGAUUAGCUCAUGUAGGUCAAGAGGUCACUCUGUGUGGAUGGAUUCAAUAUAAGAGACAUGAACAGUUUGUGGUUUUGAGAGAUUUCCAAGGACUUACACAGAUACUCAUACCUCAGGUUGAGGCUGCUUCCCAUUUGAGGAAGCUCUUUUCUGAUGCUCCAGUUGAGUCUGUUGUGCGAGUGACUGGGAUUGUUAUUCCCCGGCCUCCUGGACAGGCAAAUCCUAGGAUGCAAACUGGAGAUAUUGAAGUAAAAGCAGAAACUGCAGAGGUUCUGAACUACUGUAAGAAACUACCAUUUGAAAUAAAAGAUUUCACCAAGAAAACUGAAGCACUGCGAAUGCAGUAUCGCUAUUUGGACUUAAGAAGCAUUCAGAUGCAGUAUAAUCUCCGGCUGAGAUCCCAGGUGGUGAUGAGAAUGCGAGAGUAUCUCUGUAAUUGUUACGAUUUUGUGGAUGUAGAAACUCCAACACUAUUUAAGAAAACACCAGGAGGUGCAAAAGAAUUUGUGGUGCCUUCCCGGGAGGCUGGAAAGUUCUACUCACUUCCUCAGAGCCCUCAGCAGUUUAAACAGCUCCUAAUGGUAGGAGGUCUGGACAGGUAUUUCCAAGUUGCCCGCUGUUACAGAGAUGAAGGUUCAAAGCCAGACAGACAGCCUGAAUUCACUCAGAUAGAUAUUGAAAUGUCAUUCGUGGACCAAGAUGGAAUUCUGGCUUUAAUUGAGGGCAUGCUGCAGUAUUCCUGGCCUAAGGAAAAGGGGCUUAUCAAAAUACCCUUCCCUUCAAUCACCUAUGAUGAGGCGCUAUCCACUUAUGGGACUGAUAAACCUGAUACUCGUUUUGGAAUGAAGAUCGUUGAUGUAAGUCACAUUCUUAGGAAUGUAGAUGUUGGCUUUUUGCAGAACUCUCUCAGGGAGCCCCAUGGUACAGUGAAAGCCAUUUGCAUUCCCCAGGGAGCGAAAUUACAGUUUAAAGAUUUGGAGUCCUUAAAUGAAUUGUCAAAAUCCCAAUUUAACCAGUUUAUAUCAUGUUUGGUUUUGAAACCUGAUGGCACCAUGAAGUCCCCACUUGGAAAAUUCCUUAAUGAAGAGCAAAAAUCAGAGCUUAUCAGAACAGUUGAGGCCAAUAUGGAGGAUGUGGUGUUGCUUGCUGCCGGCCAACACAAAAAGGUGUGCUCUGCAUUAGGAAAGCUACGCUUGAAGAGUGCUGAACUUCUGGAAGCAAAAGGCCUGUUAUUUCGUGAUCCUUCUGCCUUUCACUUCCUCUGGGUGGUAGAAUUCCCACUUUUCCUCCCAAAAGAAGAAAAUCCUGUAGAAUUGGAAGCUGCUCAUCAUCCUUUCACUGCUCCCCAUCCUUUGGACGAACAUCUUCUCUACUCAGAUCCCAGUCAGGUUAGAGGUCAGCAUUAUGAUCUGGUAUUGAAUGGUAAUGAGAUUGGAGGUGGCUCUAUUCGAAUCCAUAAUGCAAAGCAGCAGCGUUUCAUACUUGAGACAGUUUUGAAGGAGGACACUGAGCUGCUUUUUCACCUCCUUGAAGCUCUUGAGUCUGGUGCACCCCCACAUGGAGGAAUUGCACUAGGGCUUGACAGACUGAUUUGCCUUCUAGUUGGAGGUUCGAGUAUUCGAGAUGUCAUUGCUUUCCCUAAAUCUUUCAAGGGAAGGGAUUUGAUGAGCAAUGCUCCAGAUUAUGUUGACCCACAAGAACUUGAGCCAUAUCAUGUGCAGGUUACAUGGCCCUUGACAGAAGCUAAAGCAAGGACUAACUGAAAAUUAUAUAUUCUUAAGAAAUCGUAGCAAAGACACUAAAUUUGUCACUAGUGAACAGAUUAUCCAUAUUUGUGGGGAAAGUGAACUGUUGAAAGAAUCAAGGGUGUCACCUUUGUUCUAAUGGUAAGUAUGGAAUCACAAAUAUGAGGCUUUAUAUAUUUGUAUAUCUGAAGUACAAUAAUGUUAUGUGCAGAAGACAGCAUGUCCUAUUACUAUUGUUAUAUAGUGAUAUAGACAGAUGCAGUUUUGACAUUUUGUUGUGUUGUCUUUAUGGAUGGAGGAUCUUCGAAGUAUAUAUAGAUUUUUGCAGAGGUAAUUAGUUGAUAUCCGGUACAAUUUGGUCAUAUUGGGAGGUAUUGCAACUACUCUACAGAUUUUUGAUGUGAAAAUCAGAACUGUUAUAGAAGUGCUAUAAGUAUUAAUUGGUUUGACAUUAUGUAUGAACAAUGUGACUAUCCUGUACCAAGUAGCUGAAAGGAAUCUAUAAUCUGUCAGGGAAUUGUUUUUAAAAAUUAACUGAACCAAAUUAUGAAAGUUUGCUUUAAUCCUGGUAUUAGCUUUGAUCAAAAACUCUCCUAUGAAACAAUGUCUCCCAAUGUAGCAGUUUGAAAGUAGUAUGUUUAAAGUUGUAGUAGAAGGUGCACCCCACUGCCUGUAAAUUUGCAUAAAUAAUCAAAUUUUAUCUAGUGGUUUAGAGCAACAUUCAUAUGUAGUUAUAUUGGAUUAUUUCAAAAUUUUGGUCUCUAGAAAUAUAAUCCUCGCAAAAUACCAUUGUGUUAAAUAACAUGGAAACACAAGAUAGAAUGAGCUGAAUAAGAAACAAGAAUUCCAAAUUAAUUUUGGAACAUGAAGGUAAUCAAAAAGCCUCAAAAUGUAAUAAAAAUAUAAAUUAAUUGUGUUAUCCUAAUUACUCAAAGCUAAGUACUAAGGUUGGCUUCAGUACUAAAAACUAUUGUUGGUUCUGGGAGAUCAUUCAGUUUUAUUUAAAAAACUGGUUAUUUGAAACCAAACUGGGGGGUUGUUCUUCAGGGUUUUAAGAUAGAAAUACAGUAUAGCCAGUUAGGAGGCAUUUUCCCCAAUUCAUUAAACUUGAUUAGAUAGCAAAAAUGGCAAAUUUCUCUAAUACAGAGGUCUCCAAAUUUAGCAAC